AUGGGCCCUAUGUUUGGGUGGCAGGGCAUCACGACAGACUCAGGGGAUGGAUCUCAACUUCCAGACUACCAAAUCCCUCUCGAUCCGCAACUUGAAGCCGAUGAGUUGCCUCGAGCAAGUAGUCAGGACGACAGCAUCGCUGCGCUGGGGGCGUUGCAUACAGGUCGGGAAGAUGUCUUUCUGGGUAUGCUUGGUAGCAUCGAGCCUUCCCAAUCACCAGGACCGCAUGACUGCCAACCAUCUCAAACAGCCACUCAUAGAAGCCCACCGGAAAGCAUUCCAAUCACCUUGGAUAAUCCCGAGUCCAUCUUCUCCUCGACCUUUUAUUCGAGGAGGACCACUUCCGAUCCUCUGCCUUCACAGCCCUCAGCCCCCGCAACUCAGCGCCGCGGUCACUCCGCAUCUGGCACCAAACGCAAAGCCAACGGAUCUCCAACCACUGACCUCGACUCGAUCGAUGAAGAUAACGCUAAUGCUAUCAAAAGACAGCGCAAUACUGUCGCAGCUCGAAGAUAUCGUCAAAAAGGCCGUGACCGCAUAACGGAGCUAGAAUCUGCUCUCAAAGUUGUCGAGGAGGAGCGUGACAGACUGAAGCUGCAGCUCGCGAGAAGGGAGGCCGAGGUUGACGCGUUGAGAGAAAUAAUGAAGAAGUAG